AAUAAGGAGAAAAAGUAGUACCAGACACAUGCGCGUUGAUAUGUUCCAAUGUGUUAUGAGCUAGAACACCGUUUUGACUGACAUUUGUCUGCCCAGCAUUUCUAUUUUCGUGUCGCACUUGUAGAUGAUCCACUUGUAUUUACCACAGAUUUGUUUAAAGAUAUAGACGUAGUUAUCAUUUGUAACUUUCAUACUCUGCAUAACCAUGCCUGGAUUUUCCGACAGAGAUCGUGGCAGAGACAGGGGGUAUGGAGCUGCACCUCGUUUUGGAGGUGGCGGUGGUGGCAGUAGGGGUGGACCCCCUCAGGGGAAAUUUGGCAACCCAGGUGAAAGGCUGCGCAAAAAACACUGGAACAUGGAUGAGCUCCCAAAGUUCGAGAAGAACUUCUACCAGGAGCAUCCGGAUGUGACCCGCAGACCACCUCAAGAGGUGGAGAACUACCUGCGAAGUAAAGACGUAACAGUGAAAGGCAGAGACUGCCCCAAGCCCAUGAUGAAGUUUCACGAGGCCAAUUUUCCAAAUUAUGUGAUGGAUGUGAUUGCCAAACAAGGAUGGGCUGAGCCAACUCCUAUCCAGGCUCAGGGCUGGCCUCUGGCCCUCAGUGGGAAAGACAUGGUGGGCAUCGCCCAGACAGGCUCCGGUAAAACCCUUGCUUAUCUGCUGCCUGCAAUCGUGCACAUUCAACACCAGCCAUUCUUGGAGCAUGGAGACGGACCUAUAUGUUUGGUGCUGGCCCCGACCCGUGAGCUGGCUCAGCAGGUGCAGCAGGUUGCCGCUGAGUACGGCAGGGCCUCCCGCCUGAAGUCAGUCUGCGUCUAUGGUGGAGCCCCCAAAGGACCCCAGAUUCGGGACCUUGAGAGGGGUGUUGAGAUCUGUAUUGCCACCCCAGGGCGUCUCAUAGACUUCCUGGAGGCUGGGAAGACCAACCUUCGCAGGUGUACUUACCUUGUGCUGGACGAGGCUGACCGUAUGCUGGACAUGGGCUUCGAGCCCCAAAUACGCAAAAUUGUGGACCAAAUUCGACCGGAUCGUCAGACCCUCAUGUGGAGUGCCACCUGGCCCAAGGAGGUGCGCCAGCUGGCUGAGGACUUCCUGAAGCAGUACGUCCAAAUCAACGUGGGCGCGCUGCAGCUCAGCGCUAACCACAACAUCCUGCAGAUAGUGGACGUGUGCAACGACGGCGAGAAGGAUGACAAACUCCUCCGGCUGCUGGAAGAGAUCAUGAGCGAGAAGGAGAACAAGACCAUUAUCUUUACCGAGACCAAGAGACGCUGCGACGAGCUCACCAGGAGGAUGAGACGAGAUGGCUGGCCAGCAAUGGGUAUCCACGGAGACAAGAGCCAGCAGGAGAGGGACUGGGUUCUCAAUGAGUUCAAAUACGGCAAGGCCCCCAUCCUCAUCGCCACCGACGUGGCCUCCCGCGGUCUAGAUGUGGAGGAUGUGAAAUUUGUCAUAAAUUAUGACUAUCCUAACUCCUCUGAGGACUAUAUCCACCGCAUUGGACGCACGGCCCGCAGUCAAAAAACAGGCACCGCCUACACCUUCUUCACCCCCAACAACAUGAAACAGGCCAGUGACCUCAUAGCUGUGCUCCGCGAAGCUAACCAGGCUAUCAACCCCAAGCUCCUCCAGAUGGCAGAGGCCAGAGGAGGUCGUGGCGGGGGGGGAAGAGGUGGCUUUAGGGAUGACCGGCGAGAUAGGUAUUCUGGGGGGAGGAGUUACGGUGGUGGUGGUGGUGGUGGUGGUGGUGGUUACAGGGACAAGGAUAGCGACAGGGGGUUCGGUGGGGGACCAAAGAGUGCCUUCGGCACAAAAACCCAAAACGGAGUGGGCUACGGGGGUAGCACCUAUGACAAGGGUGCUAGCUCUGGCGGUAGCUACGGCAACAGCUACGGCAGCAACGGACAGGCUAGCUUUGGCGCCACCAACCAGGUGGGUGCGUUCGGAGGCCAGAACUUCCAGGCCCCUCCACAGUUUGGAGCUGCGCAGGCGGCUGCCCCAAACGGCAUGGGUCGCCCGCCAUUCCCCUUUAACCCACAGGCACAGCAGUCCCAACAACCCCCACCCAUGGUACCCUAUUCUAUGCCUCCCCCUUUCCCACAGUAACUGACUAGGUGUAGAUUGUGUGCACAAUUCACAACCAAACCACAAUUUUUUUUCCCUCGUCUUUAAAUCUUUUAUUAAUAUUAUUAUUAUCCUCUGUACUGUUUAACUUUUUUUUGCUUACAGCAGGGUUGGAAUUCUUCAGUAACCCCAAGCAUUGAAAUGAGUCCCAAUGGGGGCUGUUGAAGUGCAUCUAACUGGUGCACAUCUCCUUGACUGUUUUUUAUUUGUUACAUUCCUCAGUAAUUUAUUUUUACUAAGUAAUGCAGAUUUUGAGUUAGUGGUAUGUUUAAAGUGAUAUGUUAAGAUCUUACUUGGGGGACAUGCAUGGGCCUUCAAAUAAAAUAAUUAAAUUGAA